CUCCAGCGCCAUGUCAUACGCCUAUUUGUUCAAAUACGUAAUUAUCGGCGACACCGGUGUUGGGAAAUCCUGCCUCCUGCUGCAGUUCACAGACGACCGGUUCAUGGCCAUCCAUGACUUGACAAUCGGUGUAGAGUUUGGUGCCCGCAUGAUCAGCAUCGACAACAAAAAGAUCAAACUACAGAUUUGGGACACGGCGGGACAGGAAUCUUUCCGCUCCAUCACCCGCUCGUACUACAGAGGAGCAGCUGGGGCCCUACUUGUCUACGACAUCACCAGGCGGGAAACCUUCAACCACUUGAACUCCUGGCUAGAGGACGUCCACAAGCACUCCAGCUCUCACAUGGUGUUCAUGCUGAUUGGCAACAAAAGUGACCUGGAGAACCGGCGGGCAGUGCGGAAGGAAGAGGGUGAAGCGUUUGCCCGGGAACACGGCAUGGUUUUCAUGGAGACGUCAGCCAAGACGGCGACCAACGUGCGAGAGGCCUUCCUCGGCACAGCUAGAACCAUCUACAAAAAGAUCCAGGACGGCGAGCUGGACCUUACCAGCGAGGGAAACGGCAUCAAGAUCGGACCGUCAACCGGACUGCACGAAUCCCCCCUCCGGCAGCGUCCCAUGGCCUCGGGAGAUCGGUCGGGCUGCUGCUGA